CUUGUGGUCCAUUUAUUUGUGUUGCACAACUAGAACUGUGUGUAUCACACAUAACUGAUAUCAUGUGCCAGUCCAUGGCGGUGGUGUGAAGCAGAAAUCUGCUGGUCCCGGUGUCAGACACAAGUCUUCCCUUUUCUUCUGUCUGAGCCUAUAUUGGAGAAUAAUGCCUGUGAUCAAACUGAAGCACGUGGUUUCCUGUAGCAGUGCCGAUACAACACACACAGCGGAGAACUUGCUGAAAGCCGACACGUACCGCAAAUGGAAAGCUGCCCGACCCGGGGAGAAGCAGAUCUCCCUCAUUUUGCAGUUCGAAAAGGAGGAGCAGAUCCACAGCAUUGAUAUCGGCAAUGAAGGUUCUGCUUUUGUGGAAGUGCUGGUUGGACGCUCCACUUCAGUCAGCGAGCAGGAAUAUGAGGUCCUCCUGGGAAUGUCAUCGUUCAUGUCUCCUAGUGAGAGCAGGAAUGAAAGCAGCCUGAAUCGAACGCGAAUGUUCGGACCAGACAAGCUCGUGAAAGGAGCGGCCGAAAAGAAUUGGGAUCGGGUGAAGAUCGUGUGCACCCAGCCCUACACUAAGAACCUAGCCUAUGGGCUGUCAUUCAUACGCCUGAACUCACCGCCAGAAGAUGGCUCUCCCACCGAUCCCUCACCGAAAUUGACCAAACUUGGACAGUUUAUGGUAAAGGAAGAAGAGAACUCCUCUCCUUCCAUGCUUCCCGGGAGUCUGUUUUUCAACCGCACCAGCAAGCCACAGGUUACUCCUCCGAAAACUCCUCCAGCCACACAGAGCUAUGCAGCUGCGGCAUUACAGGGCACAGCAGAGAGCAGCUCAAGCACUGAGAAACAAACUGUUAAAACCCCACCGAGUAAUAACAUGACUAAGGAACCAUCAUCUGGUAAACGCAAGUUUGAGUUCAAUAAAGAACCCUCAAGCCAUUCAACAGUCAAGAAACCUGAGGUCAAGGAGUCCCCUUCUUCCACCAAAGAGAGUUUGUCACAGCCAGUCCCUAAAAAGCCAAAAGUUGAGACUCACACUGUCCCUCCCACAAAGAAGCCGUCUCCAUCUGAGAAGCCCGCCCAGAAGAAGUCCCCGUCGGCUCCUCAGUCUAUGGAACUGGGUCGCAUUCUGCAGGGCACUGUGUUUGUGCUGAGCGGCUUUCAGAAUCCAUUCCGAGCCGACCUCCGUGAUAAAGCAUUAGAGAUGGGAGCCAAGUACAGGCCAGACUGGACCCCAGACAGUACUCAUCUCAUAUGUGCCUUUGCAAAUACCCCUAAAUUCAGCCAGGUGAAAGCAGCGGGCGGCAUCAUCGUGCGAAAGGAGUGGGUCCUGGAUUGCUACAAGAAGAGACAGCGUUUGCCAUACAAGCAGUACCUGUUAGGUGCAGCUGAAUCCAGUAGUGAGGAAGAGGAUGAUAGUGAUGAAGAUGAACCCCCCAAAGCUCCACUACAUAAGCCGCAUCCUGAUCCAAGCCGAACAAACCACAAAAAGCCUUUGCCGAGCCCAGCCAAGGCCAAAGAGAAAAGAGCUCCAAUAAAAAGUGAAGAUGAAGAUACUGAGGAUGAAAAUCCCAGAUUAGUUCCCUCGAAAGCAAACCACGCAAUUAAACAAGAGGAUGAAUAUGACGCCAGCACUGAUGAGGAAACCACAGGUGAUCGGCAACGCCAUCAGGAUGAUUCUGGGGAAGAUACAGAAGAUGAGCUCAGAAGGUUCCAGGAGGAGAAACAAAGGAAGAAAGCAGCCGUUAAGGUUGAACCAGAGGAUCCUUAUGCCGGCUCUACUGAUGAGAACACGGAUGUGGAGGAGCAAAAAGAGCUGGACCUUCCUAUCCCUGAACUGCCUGAUCUGUUCCUGGGGAAGAAGUUCUUUCUAUACGGCGAGUUCCCUGCUGCUGAGCGACGGAUGCUGCUCAGAUACAUCAUUGCUUUCAAUGGAGAGCUGGAGGAGUACAUGAACGAAAAAGUCCAGUUUGUGAUCACAGCCCAGGAAUGGGAUGACAGUUUUGAAGAUGCUCUCAUCGAAAACGAGAACGUGUCUUUUGUCCGACCUCGUUGGAUCUACAACUGCAACGACCGACAGAAGUGCAUUCCCCACCAGCCUUACGUUGUGGUGCCCAAGGCGUAAGAGCUGAUGGCGAGAAUAAGAGACAACCAAUCAGGCGGCAGCACGGGGCAUUUUUAGGAUUUCCAAAUUGUCAUUGUCAUGAACUGGAUGUUGCCAGUGCAAAGUGCGGUGUGUGUUUUAUAUGAGACUAUACAGACUGUUGUAUAUUUUGUAAACAAGCAGUUUCUUAGAUAUUUGUGGAUUUACUUUGAUCAAACAAUUUUUACAAAAGUCAAUGUUACAUUUUUGUUUGUUCUGUACAGCCCUCGUUCCACAGAAAGUGGCUUCCCAGUGAGAUCCGUGUCAUUGUCUUAAUUUACUUUCUUUUUAUAUCUUGUGAACAAAUGUGGGACGGAAAAAUGCAUUAUUUCUAGGGAUGCACCAAAUCCAGGAUUCGGCCUUUUUCAGCAGGAUUUGGAUUUGCCCGAAUCCUUCUUCCGGGCCGAACUAAAUCCGAAUCCUAAUUUGCAUAUGCAAAUUAGGGGCGGGACAAACAUUGCAUGACUUUUUGUCACAAAACAAGGAAGUAAAAACAGUUUUCCCCUUCCCAAUAUGCAAAUUAGGAUUCAGUUCAGUAUUCGGCUGAAUCUUUCGCAAAGGAUCCGUGGGUUCGGCCGAAUCCAAAAUAGUCGAUUCGGUGCAUCCCUAAUUAUUUCCCAUGGGAAUAUCCCCCUGGGAAUACUAAGGGGUUAUUUAUUAAAGUCCAAAUGCCAAAAACUCGGGGGGGGGGGGACUCUAAUUUCUCGUGAUUUAUUAUACCCUGAGGAUGGAAAAGGUCUGAAUCCGAAAAUCCAUCUCAGACCUGCCGAGGUUGUGUAUAAAUCAGUGGGAAAAGUCCCUCAGAUAUCCUGAUCUGGGCUGGGUUUUGUGCAAAGAUCCCAAGAUUUUCUGGUUUUCAGGCAAAAAUCCGAAAAAAUAUCCUGAGUUUUUGGGUGGAAAUCCAAAAAAAUUUUACGAUUUGAAUUUUCAGAUGAUUUUCACAUUUUUUUUUUUUUAGUUUUUUUUCCUGAACUGGAAUUUUUCGGGAAAAUGUAUUGAUAAAUAAGGGGAAAUUACCCGAGAGGAUUUGGUCUGAGUAUAUUUCUGAAAAUAAUGGAAUAAAUUCGGAUUACGAUAAAUAACCCCCUACGCGUUACCCUAAAUGAUUACUCACAUUCGUUUGACUAGGAAACUAAAGAUAAAACUGGAGAUGUAGCAGCGAUGGGGCAGCCAUGUUGGUUUCCUCCGCUCUCACAAUCUUAUGUUUUGCCUCCAGAAAGCAGCGGCAGUUAUCUAUUAUCUAUUCUCGUUGUGGGCAGUGAGAAUUGGCAUUCAUUGAACAAACUUGUAUGAUUGCCCCCCAAAAACCACAGGUCACAUGACAGUCAGGGGUUCAGUUUCCAAAACAGGAAGCAGCCUGGGACAAAUGCUUAGUUUCUGCUUGGGGGACAAAGCAAUAACCAUUCUCAUUAACCAGCCCAUGUCAAGAGAUCAGGUGGGUACUUUAAAUUCUUAUGUUCAGGUUCUCGUUGCAAAUGAAUUUUUUGUAAGUAAAUAUAAAACCAACCUUUUUGUAGGAAACGGAAAUAAAUAUCUGUUCGGUCUUUAACAACAAA